GGACACAGUUAAAUAGUAAAGAUAGUAACUUAAAUAUUCAUUAGUAGUGUCAAGUUUGUAAGGUGCGGAUUUAUUAUACGGUUUUAUAGAUGGAUUCGACAGAGCUUAAACAAUUAAACGGCGAUGGUCUGACGGAAAUAGAUAGUAAAGAAUUGUUUCUGAAGAAACAAAAUGGUUUUAAGGAGGAUGACGGAAGUUCUGAUACAGAAGGGGGUGAAACGGGAUGGUUGUCAUCCGAGAAAGUUGACCUGGAGCAGGACCGCGGUGUGUGGUCAAACAAGAUGGAGUUCUUUUUGGCGAUUAUGGGUUAUACAAUAGGUAUAGGAAGCGUAUGGAGGUUUCCAAUUAUUUGCAGCCGGAACGGAGGAGGUGCCUUUUUAAUCCCGUUCUUCUUCUUCCUAAUAACAUCAGGUGGACCUUUGUACUACUUGGAGGUUUGUCUUGGACAGUUUACAGGGCAAAGUGCCGGACAGGCUUUUGACUGUUGUUCCUUGUUCAAGGGCAAGUAUAUUUUGUAA